GGGGGAGCCGCUUCCCUGCGCGAGCGGGGUGUGUUAGGAAGGGAGCAGGGGCUGGGCCCGGCCGGGGCAUUCCUGCCCGCGCAAGCCGGGCUGACGAUCCCGGGAGACGCUAAGGGGGGAGCCGUUAUGCAACAGGCAGCUAGCGGGGCUUUUUGGCAAGAAUUGGAGGAGUAGGAGGAUAAGAAAACAGAUGCAAGCAAAGGGGGAGCCUCGGAGGUGAUGGCUAGAAGUUUACGUGAAUGCAGAAGGCAUGGACAAGAGAAAUAUGAGAUGCAAUGGGAGCAGAAAUUGUUUGAAUAGGAGAAGUAGGUUUGGUUCUCGAGAAAGAGACUGGCUGAGAGAAGAUGUGAAGAGAGGCUGUGUUUACCUUUAUGGAGCUGACACAACCACUGCCACUACAAGUACCACCUCCACCUCUUCCUCUUCCUCCACCUCCUCUGACUUACAUCUCGUCCUUUGCACAGUAGAGACACCAGCAUCGGAAAUAUGUACCGGAGAGGGAAGAGAAAGUCUUUAUUUACAGCUUCAUGGAGACCUGGUCAGGAGACUGGAACCUACUGAACGACCUCUUCAGAUUGUUUAUGAUUACUUAUCCAGGCUGGGAUUUGAUGAUCCUGUGCGCAUACAGGAGGAGGCUACAAAUCCUGACCUUGGCUGUAUGAUUCGAUUUUAUGGUGAAAAACCAUGCCAGAUGGAUCAUCUGGAUCGAAUCCUGCUGUCUGGUAUCUAUAAUGUACGCAAGGGAAAGACCCAGCUGCAUAAGUGGGCUGAACGCCUAGUUGUUCUCUGUGGUACCUGCCUUAUCGUUUCCUCGGUGAAGGACUGUCAAACUGGAAAGAUGCACAUUUUGCCUCUGGUUGGGGGAAAGAUAGAAGAAGUGAAGCGCCGGCAGCACUCCCUUGCAUUCAGCUCAGCUGGAGCCCAGGCUCAGACCUAUCAUGUCAGCUUUGAGACUUUGGCGGAGUACCAGAGAUGGCAGCGGCAAGCAUCUAAGGUGGUGUCCCAGCGAAUCAGUACUGUGGAUCUCUCAUGUUACAGCCUUGAGGAGGUUCCUGAACAUCUCUUCUACAGUCAAGAUAUCACCUACCUCAAUCUGCGACACAACUUCAUGCAAUUAGAAAGACCAGGGGGCCUCAACACACUCUAUAAAUUUUCUCAACUGAAGGGCCUGAACCUGUCCCACAAUAAACUUGGGUGGUUUCCUGUAUUGCUUUGUGAGAUUUCUACCCUGACUGAGCUCAACCUUUCCUGUAAUGGAUUUCAUGACUUGCCAAGUCAGAUUGGCAACCUGCUAAACCUUCAAACACUCUGUCUCGAUGGCAACUUUCUGAAUACUUUACCUGAAGAAUUGGGAAAUCUGCAACAGCUUUCCUCCUUGGGAAUUUCCUUCAACAACUUAAGUUACAUUCCUGAUGUUUAUGAGAAACUCACAAUGUUAGAUAAAGUGGUUAUGGCAGGAAAUUGUCUGGAAGUCCUGGAUUUAGGGGUACUGAGCCAGAUGAGCCAUAUCAAGCAUGUGGAUUUAAGGAUGAAUCACUUGAAAACCUUGGUUUUUGAAAAUCUGGAGGGAAAUAAAUACAUCACACACAUGGAUUUGAGGGACAAUCAGUUGACUGACUUGGAUCUUAGCUCCUUAUGUAGCUUGGAGCAGCUGCAUUGUGAGCGGAACCAGCUGAGGGAGCUGACACUCAGUGGCUUCUCCCUGCGAACUCUCUACGCCAGUUCAAACAGGCUGACAGCAGUGAAUGUCUACCCUGUGCCAAAUCUACUCACUUCCCUGGAACUCUCCCGAAACCUGCUGGAAUGUGUCCCUGAUUGGGCCUGUGAAGCAAAGAAGCUAGAAAUAAUAGACAUGAGCUACAAUCUUCUCACAGAGGUUCCUAUGAGAAUUCUGAGUAGCUUGAGUCUUAGGAAACUGAUGGUGGGACACAAUCAUGUCCACAACCUUCCAGCACUGGUGGAGCACAUCCCUCUGGAGGUGCUGGAUCUCCAGCAUAAUGUUCUCACCAGGCUGCCAGACACCCUCUUCUCCAAGGCCUUAAAUCUUAGAUACUUGAAUGCAUCUGCAAAUAGCCUGGAGUUCUUGCCUUCUGCUUGCACUGGGGAGGAGAGCCUGAGCAUGCUACAGCUGCUUUACCUGACCAACAACCUCCUGACAGAUCAGUGCAUCCAUGUCCUGGUCGGGCAUCCACACCUGCGGAUCUUGCAUCUUGCAAACAACCAGCUGCAGACCUUUCCGGCAAGCAAACUAAACAAAUUGGAGGAACUAGAGGAACUGAACCUAAGUGGCAACAAGCUUAAAACCAUUCCCACAACUAUAGCAAACUGCAAAAGGCUGCACACCCUUGUUGCACACUCCAACAACAUCAGCAUUUUCCCAGAAAUACUGCAGUUACCUCAGAUCCAGUUUGUGGACCUAAGUUGCAAUGAUUUGACAGAAAUCCUAAUUCCAGAGGCUCUGCCUGCUACGUUACAAGACCUCGACCUGACUGGAAAUACAAAUCUCGUUCUGGAACACAAGACUCUGGACAUGUUUAGCCAUAUCACAACCCUGAAAAUUGAUCAGAAACCUUUGCCAACCACAGAUUCUACAGUUACAUCGACUUUCUGGAGCCAUGGACUGGCUGAAAUGGCAGGACAGAGAAAUAAGCUAUGUGUGUCUGCCCUAGCUAUGGAUAACUUUGCAGAGGGAGUAGGAGCUGUGUAUGGCAUGUUUGAUGGAGAUCGAAAUGAGGAGCUUCCUCGCCUGCUGCAGUGCACAAUGGCAGAUGUGCUUUUGGAAGAAAUACAGCACUCAACAAAUGACAUAGUUUUCAUGGCCAACACCUUCUUGGUAUCUCACAGGAAGUUAGGAAUGGCUGGCCAGAAGCUGGGCUCCUCUGCUCUCCUGUGCUAUGUUCGCCCUGACACUGCCGAUCCAACAAGUAGUUUUAGCUUGACUGUGGCUAAUGUUGGCACAUGCCAAGCAGUCCUCUGCCGAGGUGGGAAGCCUGUACCAUUCUCUAAGGUCUUCAGCCUGGAACAGGACCCAGAGGAGGCCCAAAGAGUAAAGGAACAAAAAGCCAUCAUAACAGAGGACAACAAAGUGAAUGGGGUAACUUGCUGUACUAGGAUGCUGGGCUGUACAUACCUCUAUCCUUGGAUCCUCCCCAAACCCCACAUAUCUUCCACUUCACUUACCAUUCAAGAUGAGUUGCUAAUUCUGGGAAACAAAGCAUUGUGGGAACACUUGUCAUAUACAGAAGCUGUCAGUGCAGUACGUCAUGUGCAAGACCCGUUGGCAGCUGCCAAGAAGCUGUGCACAUUAGCACAGAGCUAUGGUUGUCAGGACAAUGUGGGGGCAAUGGUGGUUUAUUUAAAUAUUGGUGAGGAAGGCUGCACUUGUGAAAUGAACGGGCUCACCCUCCCAGGUCCUGUGGGAUUUCCUUCAACCACCACCAUCAAGGAUGGCCCCAAGCCAACCACUCCUUCUUCUAGUAGUGGUAUUGCCUCAGAGUUCAGCAGUGAGAUGUCCACCUCUGAGGUGAGCAGUGAGGUGGGCUCUACUGCUUCUGAUGAACACAACACUGGAGGCCUGGAAGCUGGCUUGCUUCCAAGGCCAGAGAGGCGCUGCAGCCUCCACCCAGCACCCACCUCUGGGGUUUUUCAGCGCCAGCCUUCUUGUGCAACCUUCUCCAGUAAUCAGUCUGACAAUGGCCUGGACAGUGAUGAUGACCAGCCUGUUGAAGGGGUCAUAACCAAUGGCAGCAAGGUGGAAGUAGAGGUAGAUAUCCACUGCUGCCGAGGAAGAGAUCUUGAGAACUCUCCUACUUUUAAAGAGAAUUCUUCCACCCCGUGUCCUGAGGAACACCCUAGAGGGCUGUGUUUUGGGAUCCGAAGACAGAACAGUGUGAAUAGUGGCAUACUUCUGCCACUAAACAAGGACAAGAUGGAGUUACAGAAGUCUCCUUCCACUUCUUGUCUGUAUGGAAAGAAACUCUCCAAUGGCUCCAUUGUGCCCCUAGAAGACAGUCUGAACCUCAUAGAAGUGGCCACAGAAGCACCCAAGAAGAAAACUGGCUACUUUGCUGCCCCCACUCAGCUGGAACCAGAGGAUCAGUUUGUUGUACCUCAUGACCUGGAGGAAGAAGUGAAGGAGCAAAUGAAGCAGCAUCAAGAAAGCAGGCCCCAACCCGAGCCCCAUGAAGAGGAUCGGACCGAUCUCCCAGAGGAGUUUGACACAGCACUGUGAUUUGGCCCUGCUAAAGGGCAGUGUGAGGGAGGGUGUGUGGGGUUGGGUAAUGGACUUUCCAGAGGCACUUUGCCUCUGUGUUUCUAACCAUAGAUAUGUGGGGUAGAACUUGGAGCCAAAAAAGAUGACAGCUAUCAGGGCCUGGCUCUGGAUGAGCCAGUACCACAUCAGUGUUAAGUUUCACAUUUGACCUGCAUCCGAAUUCCCAGAGUUAGUGGGAAGAAAGCAGAUGCUGUUCUGUAUCCGUCCUACCACCUGCCAUUAACCCUUUCUCUCCUAGGAUCAUUUUGAGAAUUUGCCUGCCUGGGCAGGAAAGGGACUUUUUCUGUGGAGGAAGUAACUGAAGGUUGAUUCCUUUUACUAAUUGCUGCUGAUGGAUCUCUGUGACAGAGAAAUCAUCUUAUCUCUUAGACUAACUAAUGGGGUGUGAUGUGACUAGUCACAUGGCUUUCAUUCUUCUCUACGAGAAUUCAGCCUAUCAAAAUGAUGUUUAUUGGAGAUGUAGAACCAAUCAAACAGAUAAUUUAUGUAUGUAAUGUAAUGAGAGCACUUUUCAUUGACUGUGAACUUUUUAUUUUUGAAUCUGCACUCGAGCCAAUCUUCUUAGAGGCAGCCCGGCACCUUUGUCCAUAGGAAGAAAGAUAACUUGGGUGUUGGAGCCUUCUCUGAGGGUACAUAGAAGGAAAUUGAUUGAAUUGUUGGAUGUCAGACUGAAAGUUCCUGAGAAUCUUGGGGUAGGGAUAGGAUCUUCUUUGAGGGAUGAAGAUGGGGAAGGAGCAAUGAUCGAAACUGUUUCCCCCAUGUCAAAAAAAGAGAAUCACUCCUUGACAAAUGUGAUACCUGCUAGGAUUUGUAGUCCCAGCAGAUCACAAAAUGGGCAUUUGGAUUGGCCUCUUUCUCUAAUAUGUGGUAGAGAUGGCACUGCUAGUGUCCAAGUAACUGAGUUACAGCAGAUGACUCUGAAAUAGACAGAGGCUUAAUGAGAGCAGAUGUGUAGCUCACAGGUUAAAUUUGUUCCUUCUUUUUCUAGACCACAGAAAUGGCCCACUGGGAGAUCGUUCUUUCAUGUUUGACAGUUCUUCCUUCUGAAUUUACCACCGUAUGUGGUUUCAAUGGGCUCAAUACCAAUAUAAGAAAGACUCUUAAUUGAAAAUUCCUAAGCUUACAGAAAACUUACAAUUUUUUUCACAUUCCAUGUAACCCUAGCAAAAUAUAGUUCCCUCCAUAUUUCUGUCGCUUUUUCCAUUGAAAGAUUUACUUUGAAAAGUGAAUUCCUACAAAAUUUUACAUUGCUUAGUAGAAAUUCGCUUUGAAUGGGAAUGGGAAUGUGCUUUGAAAUUUUAGAAUAUUUCACAAUUAAAAAGAAAAUACAGUGGAACUAUUUUUGUUUCACUGGAAACAAAAUGUUAAAUAUAAGAUUGAAAGUAAAUAUUUAUUCACUUGUGGUUUUGGGAAAGUUUUUGUUUGAAGCAAUAAUCAAAAAUCAGAUGACCCAUCCACAGACAGUUAUGUCGCUCCAUUUUCUCAGAGGCCCCAUACCCAUAUGCAUGUGUCAGCGGGGUGCACUCUUGGGGAGUUUUGUACCACUCCAGUGGCUGCCUAGUGAUUGACUGACUCCUCAAGAAUCUGAAUGUGAACCCCUAAAUCAAGAACAUUUGACUUUCCUCUGUCAGACUACUGGUCAGCUACUGAAAACUUUAGAACUCAGGUUUUUGAUUUGAAGUGGGGAGCAUGGUGGCUCAUACAGAGUUUAGGUGCUGUUAGAAAGAAAGAUGGGAACAAUAGUGUGUUGCCACCUUAUUUUUAUAUGGGAAAAUGAAAAAAAAGAAAAAAAAUGAAGGAAAAACCUAAGAUUGUACGUAAUGGGUGAUGUAAAACAUCUUCCUACUCAAGACAGCCAAACCUUUGGGUUAUAGAAUAGUGAUGUUGUCUAAAAAUCAGUUAUUUUGGGAAAAUACCACUUUAAUAGUAUAUCAUAAAAAAGUACUUUGUGAAUUGUUUUUCUUGUCUUUUGUUUGUUUUCCACCCUAACUCAGUUCUGCAAUGACCUUACCAAAAGUAAGUCACUCGCCAUAGUGGCACACACAUGUAAUCCUAGCUGCAUGGGAGGCUGAAGCAGGAGGAUCAAAAGUUCAAGCCCAGCCAAGGCA